GCCCCGGUCCCGCCGCGGGACCAGUUCGCAGAGGCCGCCGCCGCCUCGCCCAGUUCCCGUGGCCGCCGCGGCGCGGAGUAUGGGGCUCUGAUGGCCAUGGACGGCCACAGAGGCUUCUUGGCGCUGCUGGUGUCGGCGCUGCUCGUCGGCUUCCUGUCGGUGAUCUUCACCCUCAUCUGGGUCCUCCACUACCGGGAGGGGCUCGGCUGGGACGGGGGCGCGCUCGAGUUUAACUGGCACCCGGUGCUGCUGGUCACCGGCUUCGUCUUCAUCCAGGGCAUCGCUUCUCAUAGGUUUUUUGGUCUUUCUGCUUCCUUGGGCUCCACUUCCUCUCCGAGCAUUUCUCAUGCCCAUACAUGUUUAUUCUGGACUUCUCCUUUUUGGAACAGUGAUUGCAACUGCACUUAUGGGAGUGACAGAGAAGCUGAUUUUUGUCCUGAAAAAUCCUGCAUACAGUACGUUCCCACCAGAAGGUGUUUUCACGAAUAGCCUCGGCCUUCUGAUUCUGGUUUUCGGGGCCCUCAUUUUUUGGAUAGUCACCAGACCACAAUGGAAACGUCCUAAAGAACCAAAUUCUACUCUUCUUCAGCCAAACAGAGCCACAACAGAGGAAGUGGAUGGUUCCAUGGCAAUCAACUCUGGCCACAACAUGGACAAAUCUGAUUCGGAGUUAAACAGUGAAAUAGCAGCAAGGAAAAGAAACUUGGCCCUUGAUGAGACCGGGCAGAGAUCCACCAUGUAAAAUGUUAUAGGAAUGUAGCCAUAUGACUUCACUUUGAAAAACGAGCUCUACAGUUUAGCUUCUCCCAUUUAGCCAUAAAAUAAUAAGCUACACAAUGUCAAUGUUUAUUUUAAUCAUAAAAAGAUGUCUUGGAAGAGUUAGUAUUGAUUGAGGCCUAUGAACUUACCUGAAUUGGAAAGGACAAGAUUACUGUAAAUGAUAGCAUAUAUAAAUUGUGGCUAUGUUACAUUUUUCUCAUUGAGGACCAAAGCAUUAGCACAGUGCCUUGCACAGAAUAGAUGCUCAAAAUGUGUAACCAGCUGGUUAAUUUGAUAAACUGGUAGGAUCCCUGGCCUCCAGUCAUGCAGUCAUUUCCUGUUCAUUGUGGGAGUCAGUGAUUUUAGAACUAAGUAGAACCUGUCCAAAAGUUUUAAAAUCAGUUAGUGAAUAUCUGGGACAGGGUUUAGGCCAUUUUGCUACAUAGAUGUCACAACUAGAGUACAGAAAAAAAAAAAAUGGGAAAUAACUGGUUUCUUCUUCUGGUGCCUACCUUCUGCUCCCUGUACAGGUGAUUUGGGCUCAGAUUGGCCCUGGGGACCAGGGUUUAUAUCAGGGUAUUAAUGUAUUAGAGCACCGGCUGGGCCAUAGAUAGCUGAAGAGAUCUUCUCUGGUCAGACUUGGAAGAUUUUCCUAAACUCCAUUUAGUCCCUAGACUUUCUUGCGCUUGGUGUACUUUAUGAUCCAGAGUGUAAAACUCUUAGAAUAAAAAUAUUCCUGCACACUUAACCAGCACAAAUUACUCUACAAACCCC